UCUGGCACAGGAGAGGGCGGAGGUUGGGACGUGGGAGGGGUGGACGGAGGUGAUAGUGCCGAGUUUAGCACUUUGCAACCUGAUCUUCACGGAGGCAGGGCUCUGCGGUGCCGAAUCCUCUGUAUGGAGACCGGAUGGAGUCACCCUAGACGGUAUGAUAGAGGCAGAAGGUGGGCCAUCCUCCUCCUCCUCAUCAGUCAGCCGGCAGCGGCAGCAGCAGCAGCAGCUCGUGAGGAGGAGACGUGCGCCUGGAGCUGAUUGCGGUCUGCGUCAAAGUCCCGUCCCUUCAGGAGAUGCUGCCCUCUGAGCCUCUUAAAGGACUUUCCGGGAUUGUUGUUGCUGUUCCUGCAGGGGUUCAUGGUAACGUGGCCGGGUAAAAACCCAUCCGGACAGUGAUGGACUCUUCCUGCGUCUCAGCAUCUGCAUUGUGAGGAGGAGCGCACUGUGGGAGUGGAGGGAGGAAAAUGGCCUUUAUUUUUCUGUAAAAACAGACAAAAGCAUAACGCUGGAUCGUAGUUCUUCCUUUUAUUUCCAUCCAAACAUGAGUUCGCUGUUUUACUCCGACUCUGUGCCCGGCCCGGUGUGCAGCGUCCCUGCGGGGUCGGGCGCGGUGACCAGCGCCCUGCGUAACGACCUGGGCUCCAACAUCCACGUCCUGAAAACCCUCAACCUGCGCUUCCGCUGCUUCCUCGCCAAAGUCCACGAGCUGGAGAGGAGGAACAAGCUGCUGGAGAGCCAGCUGCAGCAAGCCCUGCAGCGGCCGCACUACCGCCACUCGUUCACCCGCGAGGUGGCCGUGCAGACGGACGGUCCCGAGUCCAGACUGCCCGGCACCAUCUGGAGCUUCACCCACAUCCGGAGGCAAGGCGAGCGCUACGAGACCCUGCAGGGGCCCGGGGUCACGUGGACGCAUCCAGAUGGAGUUGGGGUUCAGAUUGACACCAUCACCCCUGAAGUGAGGGCUCUCUACAACGUGCUGGCUAAAGUCAAGAGGGAGAGGGACGACUACAAGAAAAAAUGGGAGGAGGAGCUGUCCAAGCGCGAGCAGCUGGAAUCCAUGAUCAAAUCCCUGCAGCAGACCGCUCGGGAGUCAUCAGAGAUCCAGGAGGAGCUGAGCGAGAAGGUGGAUCGCUUGAAAGCAGAACUCGUGGUCUUCAAAAGCCUGAUGAGUGACCAAAUGUCUGACCUAGACUCCAAGAUCCAGGAAAAAGCCAGACGAGUGGACAUGGAUAUAUGCAGGCGCAUCGACAUCACGGCCAAACUGUGUGAUGUCGCCCAGCAACGCAACUCAGAGGACAUGUCCAAAAUGUUCAGUCCUGCCAGAUCGCUCCCAGAUAAGGGCGCCAUGGCGUGCUGCAGGAGAAAGGAGCGAAAGGUGAUUUCCGACGAGGAGAAUUCGGAGAUGGACGCGGAGCAGAGCACGUCGGAGGAGGAGGUUCCCGGAUCGCUCAACAUCACAGACGAGAUGAAGCGCAUGCUCAGCCAGCUACAUUGUUCAGAUAACUCCUUUGUUGCCAGGCGCGAGACGUUUGAAAUCGACGACGACUGCGACAGCCUGACGUGGGAGGAAAACGAGGAAACUCUGCUGCUGUGGGAGGACUUCACAAACUACAACAUGCCGUCCACCAUCACCGUGACGACCUGCACACCUGCCUGUGAGGGCAGCAACGAAGCAGCCGAUCCCGACUCUCAGGAUGGAAGUCUUGGCAGCCUCAUCGAUGAAACAGAGUCACUAUUUAAGACCAGAGAGCAGGAGUACCAGCAGACCAUCGGCCAGAUAGAGAUGGAGCUGGCCACUGCGAAGAGCGACAUGAACCGUCACCUGCACGAGUACAUGGAGAUGUGCAGCAUGAAGAGAGGGCUGGACGUGCAGAUGGAGACGUGUCGGCGGAUGAUUAAAGGCGGCAGGAACUCUCCUUCUUUCAGCUCCGCGGCCAGCAGUGACUCAGGGAACACAGACGAGAUCCAGGACGAGAUCUCAGACAAGGACGCGGAGGCCGAAGUCCCUGUUAGUUGAUGGUCGGCCCGGUUCGUUCGUUCGUUCGCCGCUCUGUUGGUCACGGGGAUUCAAACGCGGAUGGAGCUGAAGCUGAUUUUGGGUGGAACAACCCAAAUGUGGGAGAGUAAUGUUGGGGUUCAGGCCCAGAAAUGGUGCUUUUAUACUUCUUUGGUUAUUUAGAAAGUUGUGUUUUGUAGGAACGGGGCGUUGACUUUGCUUUAUGUGAGAAACAAGUGAGUUUAAACCCAAACUGUGCUCUUUUCCUCUGUGUUGCCUCACUAAAUCCUUAUCCAGGAUUUCACCUCUAAAUAAAUAAACAUUUUAAACUGGUAGAUAAAAGGGUAAACCCAAUAAUUUCCUAAAAAAUUCAAAACCAUAUUGUGUUAGUCUACAUUUAAACCAACAAUGGAGUAUUGGGACCACCAUGAAAGAAAAAAAAAAGAAACGAUUCAACAAUUUACGAAAGUAAAAUCAUAUCAUUACAGAAAUAAAUUUAACAUUUUAUGAGAAUAAAGUUGCAAAUUUAUACUUAAAAAGUCAAAAUUUUACAA